CAAAGGCUGAAGCUGCUCCCUUUGCCACAUUAUAACUAGUAGGGGAUCCUCACCGACCAUGGCCACUGCUGCCUCGAAUCCCUACAGCAUUCUCAGUUCCAGCUCUCUGGUCCAUGCGGACUCUGCGGGCAUGCAGCAGGGGAGUCCUUUCCGAAACCCUCAGAAACUUCUCCAAAGUGAUUACUUGCAGGGAGUUCCUAGCAAUGGGCAUCCCCUUGGGCAUCACUGGGUGACCAGUCUGAGCGACGGAGGCCCAUGGUCCUCCACACUGGCAACCGGUCCCCUGGAACAGCAAGACGUGAAGCCUGGGCGUGAAGACCUACAGUUGGGGGCGAUCAUUCAUCACCGCUCGCCACACGUCGCCCACCACUCUCCGCAUACUAACCACCCGAACGCCUGGGGCACGAGCCCGGCUCCAAAUCCGUCCAUCACGUCGAGCGGCCAACCCCUUAACGUGUAUUCGCAGCCGGGCUUCACAGUGAGCGGCAUGUUGGAGCACGGGGGGCUCACUCCACCGCCGGCCUCUGCCUCCUCACAGAGCUUACACCCAGUGCUCCGGGAACCCCCAGACCAUGGCGACCUAGGCUCGCACCACUGCCAGGACCACUCGGACGAGGAGACACCAACCUCGGAUGAAUUGGAACAGUUCGCCAAACAGUUCAAACAAAGAAGAAUCAAGUUGGGCUUCACGCAGGCUGACGUGGGGUUGGCGCUGGGUACACUGUAUGGCAACGUGUUUUCGCAGACCACCAUCUGCAGGUUCGAGGCCUUACAACUGAGCUUCAAGAACAUGUGCAAGCUGAAGCCGCUGCUGAACAAGUGGCUGGAGGAGGCUGAUUCGUCCACAGGGAGCCCGACCAGCAUUGACAAGAUCGCCGCACAGGGCCGCAAGCGCAAGAAGCGAACCUCUAUUGAGGUGAGUGUCAAGGGCGUUCUGGAAACGCAUUUCCUCAAGUGUCCCAAACCUGCCGCACAGGAGAUUUCCUCGCUGGCAGACAGCCUCCAGUUGGAGAAAGAAGUGGUGCGAGUCUGGUUUUGUAAUCGAAGACAGAAAGAGAAAAGAAUGACUCCACCAGGGGAUCAGCAGCCACAUGAGAUUUAUUCGCACACGGUGAAAACAGACACAUCCUGCCAUGAUCUCUGA